AUGUUUACAAUAAAAUCAGGAGAAACACAGUUCAUUGGGUACAAAAAAGGCUAUGGAGCAGCACUGCUAGGAGGUGUCAAUGCUUUACAUACGGCAUUCCCUGACAAUGCAGAGGAAGAGUACCAAGUUCAAGCUCAAAUGAUACUUGAACGACUGAACCUACCAGAUCUGCUUGAAGAUGAAAUGAGAGGUAUUCAGGAACUGGAUCACAAAAGUAAAUCAUCAGUUGCUACAAAGCCACCAGUAAAUUCUUAUAGACAAAAAUGUAAUACAGAAAUACCUGGAUCUCAGAGUGAUUCCAGUGUAAUUAAUUCAAACAUUUCAGUCGACAAAAGUACUAAAAAUCAUGCAAACAAUGAUGAAGAAGAGAAAGCAUGUGGUCAUUCCUCCAGCGGAAAAUGUGAUGAGGAUAAAAGAACUGACGAAGUUCAGAGAAGAAGCCAAACAUCACCAAAUGUAGCUUCGGUUGUAAAUACAAAAGUUACAUCUGAAACUGUUUUAGAGCACACGGGAGGAGCACAUCAACAUCUUUUUGCAAGUGGUAACCAAACACAUGAUAUAUCAAAUAUUUCUUUAUCCGAUAUGUUAAACUCCAGCAGUGAUGAUACUGUAAAUUCUUGUCGAGAGUUUCCUCACAUAGGAACAAGUUUGGGAAUUGUUUCUCAAGCGAGUCACCACUGUAGUGCUGAGGAUUCACAUAAUUUCAAAAUGUUACCAGCGAAUACAUCUACGCCUUUAAGAUUAAGGACACCAGUCCAUCAGCAGGAAGACACUUCAGACAAGGAAUCAGAUGCUCAAAUUGAAAAGGAUGGCAAAACACAAGUCACUACAAAUUCUAAACCUUGCUUCAAAACUGUUAUAAGGCAAACAAUUGAAAACAGAUUAACACAGAUACCGAAGAAAAUUCAUUCAGAUGUUGACGAAGAGGAAUAUACUUGUGAUGUUACUGACAAAACAGAAGAUAACCAGGUAGUUUCCAGAUUAGUUUGUGUGAAGGAGAAGAAAUUGAAAAACCUGGGAGAAUAUAAGAAAGUAUCAGGAAAAGUGAAAAAAGUUUUGUCUGAAAUUCAGAAAAGCAAAAAAGCAGAUGUACAAAUAGAUAAUGAAAAGAGCAGUGAUAACAUCGUGGAUGUUCAAAAAUUGAAGGAAGGGUUUAAAAGAAAAAGAAAGAAAAAAGAAAUUUUGUCCGAUUCAAGUGACGAUGGUAAAGAUACUGUUUUAUUAGAGAAAAGACCAAAGAAAACCGAAAAGAAAUUGGUAAAACAUGACAAAGAUAGAGAGGAAUCACCUGCCAGUUUAACAAUAUCAAACAAAGCUGAUUCGGAUGAAUUAAAAAGCAAAGCUGUUUCAAAUUCGACCUUGUCAAAACUGAGAAAAUUUCAGUUUGACGAAGCAAAAAGUAGUGCAUUGAACAAGUCAUCGGGCACCAGUCUUUCUUCUAGUUUAUUAUCAGGCUCUUUAUGGACAAAUGAAAAUGAAAAUGAUAUGAAUGAAAAGGAUCAUGGACUAGAUGUGGCAAAAGUGGAUGAUAAUGAAAAACCAACAAACAAAACAAAUCAGUUUCAAGAUGAAAGAUUAUGUAAUACUUUAAAUGAUAAUACAAAGGACAAAGUUAAUGAAAAAUUACAUAUUAAUGUUAAUAAAAGCAAUGAAAAGGAUUCAGAAAUAGCAUCAAAUGUGGUUUCGUCUGCUGGUUUGAAUUCCAAAAGUAGUCAAAGUAAAACAGAAUCACCAUCCUGGUUAGUAGCACUCAAUAAGAAGUUCACUUCUCCAAAAAUCAAUACAUUUCAAAGUUCUUCAUUUGCUUCUCCAGUUUUCAGUGUAAAUGAGGAUAAAAAGGAUGAUUUGGAUGACAUUGAAUUUGAAGAAACAAGUUUUCUUCACAAACUUCAGACAGCAAAAACUUGAAAUCAGUGGGAAUCAGUGAAAAAAUAUUUACCUACAUGUACACUUUUAUGUCCCUAGUUGGGAGAGCUGUCCCUAUGUCGCACUUUCUUGUGUACUGUCUUGCCUGUAUAAUGUUAUUCAAGGGUAAA